GUUCUCCAGAAGUUAUAUAGAAAAUAGUUUUGCAAUGGAUAUGAAGAGAAAAGCUGAUCAGAUGAUUGUGGCUUUGCAACCAAAGAAGCCUCGCAGUGAACUUGUAGCAGCUCGAGAGGGUGUGCAGAACUCUGUGGUUGCUAAUGGGCCUCCUCGCACAUCUGCUCUUGCUGCUCCUAUCAUGCAGCUGACUGGGCACCAGGGGGACAUCCUUUGUGGACGGUUCCACCCUGAUGGCGAGUGUCUGGCAACUGCUGGCAUGGAUAGAAUGAUCUUAUUCUGGAAAGUGUAUGGGGAGUGCGAAAAUUUUGGCAUGCUCACUGGACAUACAAACGCCAUCACUGAGCUGUGCUUUAAUGCUGAUGGCUCGGUGCUGUACUCAGCAUCAGCUGACCGCACAGUGAUGUGCUGGGACCUCAGCACUGGACAGAGAAUUAAGAAAUUCAAAGGUCACAGCAGCUUCGUGAACAGUGUGAGCAGCGCACGCAGAGGCCCUCCUCUGGUCACAAGUGCAGGGGACGAUUGCUCAAUUGUUGUGUGGGACCUGAGGAGACGUCGGCCUGUCACCACCCUCACCAAUCCUUACCAGGUGACAUCAGUGACUUUCAACGACACAGCCGAGCAAGUCAUUUCUGGAGGCAUUGAGAACGAUAUUAAGGUUUGGGAUUUGCGCAAGAACGCUACCCUGUACAGAAUGAAGGGCCACAACGACUCAGUGACAGGCUUGUCCUUGUCCCCUGACGGAUCGUACGUGCUCUCCAACGCCAUGGACAACACGCUCCGGAUCUGGGACGUGCGGCCCUUUGCUCCUCAGGAGCGAUGCGUCAAAAUUUUCCAGGGACACCAGCAUAACUUUGAACAGUCGUUGCUGCGGUGCAGUUGGUCGUGUGAUGGCCGCCGCGUUGGUGCUGGUUCAAGUGACCGACACGUGCACGUAUGGGACACGACCAGCAGAGCGCUGCUCUACAAGUUGCCCGGUCAUAACGGAACAGUGAAUGAAGUGGCAUUCCAUCCUAGAGAGCCCAUCGUUUUAUCGGUCUCCAACGAUAAGCAAGUUUAUCUCGGGGAGAUUGAAUGAAAGCCUGAACUUGGAUCUCAUUUAAAGUCAAGGCUAUGUGUCCCCUGUCCAUGAGUCUACAUGCCUGGCGACAUCGCAGCCCAGGACCACGUCGCUGUUAACGUAUAUGCAAAAUGAUAAUUCGACUACUACAUCAUUUUGAUGGAUAUUGAAUUUAUUGUCUACCCUUCAUCGGAUGAUGUUAUGAAAAUAUCAUAAUAAUUUGAGUUGGAAGCCCUGGGAGGUCAACAUUCGUGUCAAUAGAGUCGUUAUAAUUAAUAUAAGUGCCAGAGAA